AUGAAGAUGCUUAGAAUGCUACAUAAAGGCUACUUCAAUUUAUUCUGGUGGAUAAUAUUCUUGCACAUCAACUUUCUUGCGAUUUCUGCAGCCCGAGAACAUGGUGAACCACCAGUCAUACAGCCUUUCAGUUUUUCUGAAAUUUUAUCUGAAGGGGAUGAUGUUAAAGUGGCAUGUGUUGUCACUAAAGGUGAUUCCCCUUUGAAAUUUCGGUGGUUUUUGAACAACAAGGAAAUACAGAAUGAAUCUAAAUUCCACAUCAGCACACAGGCUGAUAUUUCAAUUCUAGUGGUGAAGCAACUGAGUGGAUUUAGUAGUGGAAAUUUUACCUGCCAAGUAAAUAAUGCAGCAGGCAAAGAUGCACACUCAGCAUUACUGGUGAUUAAUGCUCCACCGAAAUGGACAAAAGAACCGCAGAGCGUUGAAAUGGAGCUUGGAUCAGUAGUAGCACUGGACUGUGCCGCAUCCGGCUAUCCGGCACCCCAGGUCACGUGGUCGAGGGUGGAAGGCUCCUCGUCGGCUCCACUGACAGUUCGGAAUGGUUCUUUGCAUUUUAAUCCCCUUCUGAAUGAGCACAGAGGAGAUUAUGUCUGCGAGGCCAGAAACAGCGUAGGUUUAAAACUAAGCUCUUUGUCGGUAGAUAGCCUACUGACAGUUCGGAAUGGCUCUUUGCAUUUCAAUCCCCUUCUGAAUGAGCACAGAGGAGAUUAUGUCUGCGAGGCCAGAAACAGCGUAGGUUUAAAACUAAGAAAAAUUAUAACCCUCUCUGUUCUGGGUGAACCACCAGUCAUAGUACCUUUCAGUUUUUCUGAAAAUUUGUCUGAAGGUGACAAUGCUAAAGUGCCCUGUGUCGUCACUAAAGGCGACUCCCCUCUGAAGUUUCGAUGGUUUUUGAAUAAUAAAGGAAUUCAAAAUGGAUCACAAUUUCACAUCAGUACCCAACCUGAUAUUUCAGUUCUUGUGGUAAAACAACUGACAGGACUCAGCAGUGGAAAUUUUACCUGUCAAGUAAAUAAUGCUGCAGGCAAAGACACGCACACCGCAUCAUUGGUGGUAAACGCUCCCCCGAAAUGGUUAAAAGAACCACAGAGUGUUGAAAUGGAGCUUGGAUCAGCAGUAACACUGGACUGUGCUGCAUCCGGCUAUCCGGAGCCCCGGAUCACGUGGUCGAGGAUAAAAGGCUCUUCAUCAGCCGACAUCCCGUUGACAGUUCGGAAUGGCUCCUUAUAUUUCAAUCCCCUUCUGAAUGAGCACAGAGGAGAUUAUGUCUGCGAGGCCCGAAACAGCGUAGGUUUAAAACUAAGAAAAACCAUAACCCUCUCUGUUCUGGAUUUUUCAAGGGAGUCGCCAGUCAUAAUGCCUUUUAGUUUUUCUGAAAAUUUGUCUGAAGGAGAUAAUGCUAAAGUGGCCUGCGUCGUCACUAAAGGUGACUCCCCUUUGAAGUUUCGGUGGUUUUUGAAUAAUAAAGAAAUACAAAAUGGAUCACAAUUCCAUAUAAACACUCAACCUGAUAUUUCAAUUCUUGUGGUGAAACAACUGAGUGGAUUUAAUAGGGGAAAUUUUACCUGUCAAGUAAAUAAUGCAGCAGGCAAAGAUACUUACACCGCAUCAUUGGUCUUAAAAGCUCCACCAAAAUGGACAAAAGAACCACAGAGUGUUGAAAUGGAGCUUGGAUCAGCAGUAACACUGGACUGUGCUGCAUCCGGCUAUCCGGAGCCUCGCAUCACUUGGUCUAGGGUUGAAGGCUCAUCGUCGACUCCACUAACAGUUCGGAAUGGCUCUUUACAUUUCAAUCCCCUUCUGAAUGAGCACAGAGGAGAUUAUGUCUGCGAGGCUAGAAACAGUGUAGGUUUAAAACUAAGAAAAACCAUAACCCUCUCUGUUCUGGGUGAGUUGACAAAGAAAUGCCUUUUAUCAACUUAUUUCGCAAGUGAAUUAUUUUGCCUUCGGGCGCCCGUUGUCUUUAGAAAGAAUUAUUUGAUGGAGGCGCUUCUUGUUCCAUCAGUUGAACAAUUAUAUAUAUCCGCAUGUUCAGAACACAUUAGAAUGAAGAUGUUUAAAACACUCUCCGAAUCAUUCUGGUGGAUCUUGUUCCUGCAAACGACGAUUUCAGCAAUAAGAGAACAAGAUGUGCCUGCAAUUCAACCUUUUAAUUUUCCUCCUCGCUUGAGCGAAGGACAGAGCGCUAAAGUGCUGUGCAACAUAUUGCAGGGAAAACGUCCCAUUUCUUUCGAAUGGCUUCGAAACGGAGAGAAAAUAAGCGAAAAGAAUAAAAUCUCAAAUCAAGGUGACUUUUCGGUGCUCAUCGUUAAUAACAUUGGGAGCGAUGAUGGAGGAAAUUACACUUGCAUCGCAUCCAACGAGGAAGGAGCUGCUCGACACUCUGCGCAACUCACAGUCGAAGCAUCCCCUCAGUGGCUUGAAGCGCCCGAUGAUACAACCGGCACUCACGGUUCCUACUUGCACCUUCACUGCCUGGCAAGCGGUUUGCCUCCUCCUCGCGUCACGUGGUUCAAGGGAGAUGAGGUCAUCGGUUCAGCGGGAGGAAGGAUGGUUGCCCCUGGCAACGGCUCACUCAUAAUAAGUAUCCUGAAUGAGGAGGAUGAGGCUCUGUACAGAUGCCUCGCCCACAAUGGAGUGGGUGAGGCCCUCGCCAAACAAUUCAAAAUAUCUGUCAACGUUCCUGCUCGUUUUGAAGAUAAGUUCACUGUGAUCACAGUUAAGAAGGGUGACAGUGCCAACGUGAGGUGUGAAGCUGUCGGUGAUCAGCCACUAUCAGUCAUUUGGAAACGAGAAGGAAAAGAGUUAAGAAAGAUCAAUGGAGGAAGGUAUGAGAUAUUUGAGACACUCACCCCCAAAGGUUUAAAGUCUGAACUUGUUCUCCGAGAAGCAAAUCGAGCAGACGGUCAACUUUACACUUGUGUGACAGAAAACCCGUACGGUAAAGAUGAAAGGAAUAUCAAACUUUUGGUUAUGGAAGUGCCGGCGACUCCGUUAGACCUGAAAGUGCAAGAAAUCUGGAGUCGGAGUGUGAGUGUUUCUUGGUCUCCUCCUUACACGGGGAACAGCCCAAUCACGAAAUACGUGAUUCAGUACUGGAAAGAUGCAGUGUCCGGUGGCGGUCAUCGCUUAGAAGAGAAAGGGGUGACAAGUGCCCAGACCUCUGCCCUCAUUAAAGAUCUUCAUUCGGGAACUAAUUACGGACUAGCCAUAGUAGCUGAGAAUACCGUGGGACGGGGUGAGCCUUCGGAUACUUUAUCUUUCACGACGGGUGACGAAGAGCCUUCCUCUGCACCGAUGGAUGUGAAUGUAGAUGUCAAAGGAACUGCAUCAUUACUCGUCGCAUGGAAACCUCCCCUGAAGAGUGAAUGGAACGGAAAGCUGAAGGGUUACUACGUGGGUUACAAGAUGCUCCAGGAUUCCAGUCACCCUUACUCCUUCAAGACUGUGGAGUAUGUGCCGGGAGGGAUACAGGAACAUAUGAUAAGCAGUCUCAGAAAGGACACAGAGUACAGUGUCAUUGUGAAAGCAUUCAAUUCGGCGGGCAGUGGUCCACCUUCGCAGGAGGUCAUCAUCAGAACAUUAGGAGGAGAUUUGCCAGCGCCACCUGUUGUUUUCGUUGUCUCAACUACUGAAAACACAAUAAAAAUUCAAUGGAGAUCUGUUGACACCAAAAGUAAAGUAUCUGGUCACGCUGUCCAUUACCGACGAAAGGGUGAGAGUUGGCAGCGUGUGGCGGUGACGUCACCCACAGAGAACUCGUACACACUGACGGGACUUCACAGCGGUUCUUUCUACCAGCUGUACGUCACAGCCAAUGGGGAAUACGGGGAGGGAGAUCCAAGUGAUGUCGUCACAGUCAAAACAUAUGCAGAAAACAACAAGAUUUUUUCGUCCCGUGAAGAUAAUGAUGAUGAUCAGCCGAUGAUGCUGGACAUGUCACUGAUGAUCCCCGUGGCAGCCUCUCUCCUGGCGGUGACAGUUGUCAUCAUUGCUGUCUGCAUUUGGAUCUUGAAAGCAAAAUCCAGAAGAGACCUGGAAAGAGCCAUUCAAGAGGAUAAGCGGUUCAUCUAUGCAGCUGCAGCCACCCAGCGGUACGUGGACAUCGACAAGACUCGUUCCCUGCCGGCCUAUCACGAUCCCGCUCUCUUGCACUAUCCCACCCCCUAUGCCACAGUGCCCAUGGGAGAGGAACUUCUCAUAGAGGAACCCAAUCAAGAAAUGAAAGCUUUCCUCGCGACGCAGAAUAUGAUGGAUCGACCUCUACCUAACCCAGGAGGGACGAAGCAAAGAGACUCUCACAUCUACGACAGUCCACACUGAGGUUCGUUCACUACAACAUUGAAACAAGAAUGUCCCUUUUCAGUGCCUCAAUGAGUUAUGCAAAAACAAAAAUCCGUCUGUUUGCUUCCUGUUUUAUGAAUUAUGAAGUCAUUGCUCCUUGACACGCGAUGGCACAUGGUGGUUUCUACAGUCUAAACGACACUUGCCGGAUAAAUUAUCUCGGGAUCUUCCCAAGUCAGUAGCAAAGGUGUUAAAGAACUAUUCGUGUUCAAGAUGUCAGACGCAUGACUAGUACACUAUCCGGCCAAAAGAAUCCUGAUACCCAGUGGUAUAGACUUAAAGCGCCCUGUUGUUGUUGUAGUUCAUUAACGUCGUACUAGAGCUGCACAAUGGGCUAUUAGCGAAUGUCUGGGAAACAUCCCUGAGGAUGAUCCGAAAACAUACCAUCGCAAUUUUUGAUCCUCUGCAGAGGAGAUAUUUCCCCCAAUUCAGUAGCCCGAUGACUUGCACGCGAAGUCGAGCCCUUUACGGUAGAACAGUUUUACGAGGACCCAUACCGCACACCUCAGCCCCUAAGCUGACUAAUCCAAGUGGUCACCCACACUAACCGCAACCAGUGAUGCUUGACUUCAGUGAUCUGCUGGGAACCGUGUCUUAACGAUCAAUCCACUGCGGGACCUUAGAGCGCCCUGAGUCACAGGAUGUUGGUGACCCCCAUUUGCAUCGAUGACUGCCUUCUGGGAAGACUCUACAAUAGUUUUUGAUAGGACUCUCAUCACAGCUGUGUAUGCAGUGAGGAUUUGUGCUCUAAUUCCUCCCAAAGGUGUUAUAUGUAAUAGGGGCUCUGAGAAGGACAGUUUUUGAACACCCAUUUCAUCAAAGCACGUCUGUGCAACCCUUUAUGUGUGAAUGAUGGAAGAGAAAUGUGCCGAUAUAUUGCCAUAGAGCAGCACUCUCCACAUACAUCUUAGAGUUCAUGUGUCCAACCACAAGGAACUAACUAACUUAAGCCAAACCACGAGAAACACCCCCUCCCAACACCAUUCUACUUCCAUCACCAUAACCGAGUGUCCGGAUACUUUUGGACAAAUAAUGUGCAAGAAUUUUAUUUACACGUGUGGUGUAAUGCUACGGACCAUUGAAAUAUCACGAAAACAAAUUGAAAACAUCCUAAAUUGCACUCAGAAUGAUAGUUUCUCGAAAAUGCCAGAUGAUUCUUAUCGUCAUGCGCGGAGCAGUCUUAUUGUUCAUUAAAAUGGCAUGAAAAUAAGUAGAAAGAUAGUGCCUCUUACAUUCUAAUUGGACGUAAAUCUAUUAAUCCUUAUCCGCUUUUACGAAUCUCUCUCGGCCAUGUGAUGUAUCCCCUCGAAUCACGCCGUUUAGAAUGUAGGAAGGCAGAAACACGGUUUGUGCUUAAGAUAGUGUGUAAGAGAGUCACAAAAAUGGUGCGUGGAAAAAUGUCUUCUGGUAUUUGAGUUCUACCUUCCUUAUUUGUCAGUCCUUUUCUCCCUGUCCAUUGUAGAAGGAUAUCCCAAAGCCAUGUGUGUUUUAAGUCAGGCUCGAGUCGUUUUGAAUGUAGAAACCAUACUGAGUAUAGGGUAAAGAACGUGUGACUUCAACGUGUAAAAUUGUUGUGAUAAAGCCUUAAAGUUUGUGUGCUCGAUUAUCAUCACAAGAUGUGCUUUAAAUAACUUAGAACUGCCAUUGAGAACGCGCUGCAUUGUGGGACACAUUCAUUCCGGAAACGGAAUGACAUUGAAGUGUAGUGAUAUUCGUUUAUUGCUGUUGUAAAUUAAAAAUCAUUUAAAAUUUAGCUGAGAUAAUAUUAACUUAUAAUCCAAAUCAAAAUUUUUGAUGGUUUUCCGUUGAUGUACCAACAUAAUCUGGAUUGAAUGGCAACCAUCCAUCAUGAACCAUUAUAUUUUUUGAUGGGAACCAACAUAAGUAACCAUCUCCUCAAUGUAGAAAUUCGGACUGCUUCAUGAUUUUCCAACAUAAAAAAACACUACUUGUUUUGAUGGUAUAUUUUUGAGAACCAAAACCAUCAUGAUUAUGUCUAGUUGGAAUCAUCACGGAUUGUUGGUUCAUGAAAGUCAAACUUCUCUCGAUGGUUAACCAUCAUAUUAUUAAAGUAGCAUUUUCUAUCAUGGAAUGAUGGAGGUUUGUUGUCAUAUCAAAAACCAUGAACACGCAAUGGAAAAUGCUGAAUGAUGGUGACCAUCAAAUGAUGUUGGAUCAUCAGAAAUGGCACUGAAACCUACAUAAACUAUUAAAAUUAAUUUUUCGAUGGGACCAUCAAGAAUUUUGGCUUGAAUUUUAUGUUUUAGCCAUUUUUAUAUCAUAUCAUAAAAGACUGCAAAUCAUCCCACUUACCAUAGGGAGAAAUACACUAAAAACGGCUAAAAAUAAAAGAACUUUUAUUAUAGCAACUUUUAAUAUUUCUAUAGGUAAUUUCUGUUUGUUUUUGAAUACUUGUAUUAAGAAUGUAUGUAUAUAGUUCUUCAUAUUACGAUCCGACCUUAUAAGACUUUUUUUUUGUUACUCUACAGAGAGAUAGGAUUUACUUUUGUUAAAUAGAAAGGUAAUUAAAACUAAAUGACUUGCAAUAUUACAUUCAUGCAAAUCAUUUUUAUUGUAAUAUUACAAAAUAUUACGUUAUAAUAUUAUAUUUUAUGAUAUUCUUAAUACAAUACUGCAAGUCAUUAUAUUACAUGUUACAUGUACGCAAUAUUGAGAUAAUGAAAUUGAUAAAAAUUCAUACUAACGUUUAAUUUGUUUUGUACCAUAAGCAGUUAAAUAACUUUUUAAAGGGGUCACUGUCAAUUGUUAUUGCUGCAUUGCUUAAAAAAUAUUUUUGAAAUGAGGCUCACCAUUAUAAUCUUUAGGUGUUUUACUGGACAAAGCAUCCUUAAAAUUAUUUUAAUGUAUUUCUUUUUUUUAAUAAGCCACGAAAAAUGAAUUCUAAUUUUACACCAGUAUGGUAAAUGACUGUGCAUAGUUACUGCUCUGUUGCAUUGAAUGGUUCAAGAUCCUUAAUAAAGUUUAAUACGGAUACUUUGUAUUAUUUCGCAGAAAAAAAUAGCUCAGUUUUUUUUCCAAUGUUUUGCUUCUUAAGUUUUUAAACGUUGUUAUUUUUUUGAUAACAGGCGAAAUAACAAAAAGAAACUAAAAAAAAUCAAAGCAUGUUAACAGAAUAUGUUGCAUAUUAGGAGAUAGCUUGUCUUGAUGAAAAUAAUUAAAAGUUUCUUUUGCUCGCUUUUAUUAUAAUCUGUAUAAAUUUCCAAUCAAAUGCCUUUGAUAGAUGGAAUUUUCCUCAAAUAUGUUAUUCAGGAAGUUAUUACUAAAACCGCGUGUAAAUGCUAAUUUUUGGGAAUGAAUGCCGUCUAGAAUUCCCCACACAGCAAAAUAUACAGUUCGCUGUUGUCAAAAAUAAUUUUCUAUUUUUGAAUGAUUUUGUUUCUCCUUAAUCCUAUGAAAUCAAGCCAAAAUCUAAUAAUUUUGAUACUACGAGAGUUUUAUUUUAAAAACAGCAAAAAUGUAAACAUUCUUUGCUAUCUAGACAAAUAACUAACCGUUUCCGUCUAAUUUUGUUUCCGGUGAAUCAAACCGAAAUGAGCAAGAAUAGUAUUUUAGAAGUUUAGCGGGUUUUUAUGUAUAAAUUAAAAUUUCUUUUACCUUUACCCAAUUAUUUGCCUGAAAUGUUAUCCAAGCAAACUAUACAUUGUUUCUUAUUUAUUUAUACUCUGAAUUAAAUAAAGUUAUACUGAAGCUAAAAGAACCAUUUAUUUAGAAACAAUGAGGACUUUAUGAAUCAUAUUUUUUAUUUGUCUUUUUACUUAUAAAACUCUCAUAAUUUCGGAGCUAUUGCUCCUAUAAGCUUAAUUUCAAUUUCAUUUAAAUCUGCGCGAUGCUAAAAUUACACAACAUUUCCCAGAUAGCAAUUCCCCAGACAACUAAGCAUGUAUCAAUUAAAAAUUGUUCUUUUUAUAUUUAAAGUCUUUAUUACUUAUUAUCUAUCAGACCAAUUAACUGUUUUUCAUCGUAUUCUUACAGUAUCAAAAUAAUACAUUUAAAAUCCUUCUCACUUAUCCAAUCUCUUAUUUGAACCCCUUCAAUAAAUUCAAGAUGACGACUGAAGCUUAUGUCACGAGUGGAGACAUUCAUGAAUUUAAAGUCUAAGCCGCCACUUUAAAAGCAAUUUUAAGCUUUUUUCGUUCAACUAUUGGCAGACCACCUUGCUAUCAUGAAGAAUAAAUAUUGUUGAACAAUCAAAUCUAGAUUUUUCCCCUGCAUUUUUAAUACUUUCUAACAAUAUUUUAUUUCAAGAUCUUUUCAGAAGAAGUGGACGCAAAUGCUGGUUAGUUCCAUCGAAAAGUCCUCCCCGAAAUUAAAUUUCUCCCAAUCCUUGAUCCAGGAGUUCCCUUGUCUUCUGCAUCUGGUUUAAAAUUACAGGACUUCGAAGUUGAACAUGAUUUGUCGUGAACCCAAAAUUGGUUCGACUGUUCAACGAUGGUGAUAAAUAUAAAUAUUAAACUACUGGCAUAGCAUAUGAUGAAAAACAGAUAUUAAUGAAAAAUCGAAUCUAAAUUUUUCCCCUGCAUUUUUGAUGCUUUCUAAUAAAUUUUUAUUUCACGAUCUUUUCAGUAAAAGUGAACAUCGCAGACGCUUCAUUUCUGGCUGUUUUACUUGCCUUUGUCAUUUACAUUAACAGGUCUUGUUUUCGUUAACUGGUAAGAAAACAAUACCAGUAAUAUAACUGGAAUUGUUAUAUUACUGGUAUUGUUUUCUCUUCCACUAACUCCAUUAUUGUUACUACUGUGUGAAUGGCAUCUUAAAAACCAAAUCCUAAAUUCGAUCUCGAAAGUUUGUUUAAAAGCUUUGUUCAUCUUGAUUGGAUUUUUAUUUUAGCACAAAAAUAGACCAUUGGAAAAUUCAAUUGAAGAAUAAAGUGUCUAUUAACGAACAGUUUCGCAUGUUUAAAUAUCAAGAAUUAUAAAAACUUUUGAACCUAAGAUAAACAAAUAAGUACACUAGGUGUGUUUGUACAUAUACCCUGUAUAAAGUUGUUACAAAUCGGCAUAUUCUGUGCACGCGUACUAUGUUAGCUGAUUUGCAAUGUUUGUAAAGAUUCUUGAUAAUAAAAUGUUCUUCAUAAAAUAA